CAGUGUGUUUGGUUUGAUUAUUUUAUAUUUUGCUUUACUUCACUUUUCAUUACUUUCUACUAAUUGGAGCAUUAUCUGACCACAGGCAAAUUGGCGGUUUACCACAUUUGAUUUGAUAUCCCCGUACAGUGCUGACUAACAAUGCAGCAGGGCCAGAAGAAUACAACGCCGGCAGGGUCGUUUUCGGGGUCUCUGGCGGUUGAUCAUGCGCUAGCAGGGGUCGGCGGCGCGGUCGUUUCGACAGUAGUGUUCCACCCGCUUGACCUGGUGAAGAUCCGGCUCCAGGUGGACGUUGCCCAGCGGGACGAGGCGGUUCUUGGCCGUGCGAUUCGAGCCACACGGCACGUACUGAGCACAGACGGGAUCCGCGGAAUGUAUCGCGGGCUGAGCGCCAACCUGGCGGGGAACUGCGCCAGCUGGGGGCUAUACUUUGCGUGGUAUACGUGGAUCAAGGAGCAGAUGGCCGGCGGGCAGACAGCAGAGACACGGGCCGGCAUCAGCACGCUGUCGCCCGGUCAGCACCUGGGGGCAGGUGCGGCGGCCGGGGCGCUGACGCAGUGCAUAACCAACCCGCUGUGGGUGGUUAAGACUCGCAUAUGCACGACGUCGCGCGGAGACGCGGCAUCGUAUCGCGGGCUGAUUGACGGGCUGCGGCAGAUUGCCAGCAAGGAGGGCAUCCGCGGGCUGCCUCUUGGUGUGGCGCAUGGUGGGCUGCAGUUUAUGGCUUACGAGGAGAUGAAGCGGCGGCGACAGCGCAGCAAGUCGGGUGGCAACUUUUCAUUGUUUGAGUAUGCGGUGAUGUCAUCGUCGUCAAAGGUCUUUGCGCUGUCGAGCACGUAUCCGACACAGGUUCUUCGGUCGCGGCUGCAGCAACAGCCCGAGGCGUGCGUCUCCUUAGCGCCGGGCGCAAGCGGGGCGCCCCGGAUGGCGAGCGAUGUCAUCGGCAAGAUAAUAAAGACAGAGGGCGUUUCAGGGUUCUACAAAGGAUUCGGCCCGGCGCUGCUGCGAGUACUCCCCGGAAACAUCAUUACAUUUUUGGUUUACGAAAAGAUCUCGGGCUUCUUCCGUGGAAAUGCGACGCGCUAGAGUACUAGAGUACUCGAAGCUGACAGGGCUUGCAUAUUUUGUAAUUGUAAAUUCAUUUUUAUUCAAACAC